UUCCAAAAUUUUAGGGGUAAAUUGUUCAAAAUCCUAAACUUUGAAGGGGCAAUAUGUACAUCAUCCUCUUGAUCAAAUACAAAACAAUUCACCUCUUUCCGAUUUCUCUUCAGAGUUGAUAAGGCGGCACUGAAAAUGGCAUCUACUCCAAGCUCUACCCUAUCUCCUCUUUAUGAAAAAUCCAACAUCUUUACUUCUCCCCAUAAAUUCACUUUCUCCCUCAAACUUCACUCUAAAUCCAAAAUCGCCCCCCAAGUUUCACUUCAAGAACAACCCCAAAUAAAAAACGUUUCUUCUACAAAAAGCAAGCUUUGGGUCAACCCCCAAAAGCCCAAGAGCUUCAGACCUGAAACGAAAAUCUUAUGAUUUCAGGUAUACUUCUUUAGUGAAAGUAGCUGAGAAUUUACAAUCUACGGAUGUUCGGAAAGCUUACUGUAACUGUUUGAUUGACAUCUGCGUCAACCUUAAUAAAUUGGAGAGAGCUUGUGAGUUAUUAGAUAUUGGGCUAACUCUCAACAUCUAUACUGAUAUUAUGUCUCAGACUGCAACUCAAUGGUCUUUACAUUUGAAGAGCCUCUCGCUUGGGGCAGCUUUAACAGCAUUGCACAUCUAGAUGAUUGACUUGAACAAAGCACUUGAAACUUGGGUAAUUAUCCAGAGAAUUAACUCUAUUACAGGCUAAGAAGGAGAGACAUUAAAAAAAGUACAAAAAAAAAAAAAAAAAAAAAAAUUGAAACAAGACUCAAACAAUUGUAAUCAGAUUGAGGUAGCAACACAUAUGCACCAGUAACUAAUGAGUUAACAACUUUUAAAAUGUUUUGUCGGAUGAGGAUUCAAAAAUAAAUUUAAAUUUUGUACCAAAACUUUUGAUAAUAUUAGUACAUAAAGUCAUAAACUAGGAGCUGUACUAUAAUUCAGUUAAUGUACAUUUACUUGGUAACGAAGGGAAGAGGAGAUGUGACUAUCAAAGCCGGUACAUGCAAUUGCAAAUGCAGAGUAUAUAGUCACCAGCCUUAAUUAGGCUCCCCCCACACAUUUUAAUGGCUGCCAAUUUAGAUUAUAUCAUUAUUUUCAACUUCCAUUUUAGACGUGUUCCUACUUUAUUCCUUCCAUUUUACAAAUUUGUUUCUUCAUCUUUCUUUCAUAGUAUUAAUUACAAAUAUUCUCUUUUCUACCUCUAUUCUCUCCACAUAGAAUUCAUUUCUCUUUAAGAGUAUCAACCAUGAGUGGUGACAAGACUGAGAAGACCACCAUUAUGGUGCUCAAGCUCAAGGUUGAUCUUCAAUGUUCCAGCAGCUACAAGAAGGUUAAAAAAAUUCUCUGUAAAUUCCCUCAAAUUAGAGACCAGGUAUAUGAUGAGAAGGCAAAUACAGUCACAAUCACUGUGGUAUGUUGCAAUCCCGAGAAAAUUCGUGACAAAUUGUGUUGUAAGGGAUGUGGAGUGUUUAUUAGCAUUGAAAUCAUAGUACCUAAAUCGCGAACACCACCGUCAACACCACCGUCAACACCACCGCCAUCACCACCACCACCACUUCAACUCACUCUUAAUUUGCCAUUAGUGCUAAUGCCAAUUCAAGUGUACCCACCACCGCCACCAGGAUGCCGUUGUGGGCAAUGCGACCCACCACUGCAACCAGGAUGUCGUUGUGGGCAAUGCGACCCACCACCGCCACCAGGAUGUUGUUGUGGGCAAUGCGACCCACCACUGCCACCAGGAUGUCAUUGUGGGCGAUGCGACCCACCACCGCCACCAGGAUGUCGUUGUGGGCAAUGCGGCGGAAGGGGCUGUUGUGUGAGCAGAUGUGAUUGGUACUAAUACCACAGGAUGCUCAAUUAUGUAAGGUGGCCCAAUGGCAGCUAGAUUAUUAUGGGUCAUUAUCUAGGCUUAUCAAUGCAUCUUCUGAUUGGGGUCUCUUAAUGUGGUUGUCUUUUUCUUUACCGAUUGUCAUAGAUGAAAAUCAAUGUAUUGUAGUUUUUUUUCUUCUUUGCUUUUUCUUUUGUCAAAUA